CAGACCAGCACGCUGCAAUGUGGAUCACUGGCCUCAGGCUACCUGGGUGACAUCACCUUGACCUGCAACGAGGGAGUGAUCACAGCAGACCUGAGCGCUUGCAAGGCACCAUGCCCGGCGGCUGCGGUGUCGGUGAGCUUCGCCAGUGCGCCCCAUUCGGUGUCCACCACGGCGGAGAUUCUGCACGGGCAGACGGGCUCCGUGGGCUGCAACACUGCGGACACGGGCUUCACAGGAUCCAUCGUGCUCAGCUGCACUGAUGGCGUGCUCUCCCAGAGCUCAGAAACAUGUGCCGAGCGCGCCUGCGAGGAGGACCUGGGCUAUGAGUUGCACCUGGGAGGCCAAAGUGCCAGCCGCACAUUGGCUGCUGAGGUGGCUCAUGGUCAAAGUGUCACAAGUUCGUGCAGCUCGGUGAAGGAGAACUAUGACCAUGACAUCACCGUCACUUGCAUCAAGGGCGGCCUCUCUGCCGACUACUCGGCCUGCGUGCUCGCCUGCCUCACCAGCGAUACUGCAGAUGUGACCCUGGGGCCUACCACCCAUACGGUUUCUCCAGCGGCCCGUAUGGCGGAAGGCGAGACGGCCACCAAGCAAUGCUCGGACCUGGGUGCCCAUUACACUGGGACCAUGCAGGUCAGCUGCAGUGCCGGCACUGUGUCAGUUGUCAGCUCAUGCUCCGUGGGAUGUGCCGCCACCGAUACCGCACAGGUCUUCAACAGCGAUGUGCCAUUGGGUGCUAUCCUGGCGGAUGGUGCAACUGCCACACUGCAGGACUGUCCUGGUGCUUACGUGGGAGACUUCACGGCCUCUUG